CAGAAAGACUGGGCGAUCAUGGCACCCGCGAAAGGUCAACGCCGUCUCUCCCUGUGCCCGGGGCCUCCCGUGGCCACCAUCCCUUUUGGGGACCUGCUGGAGGAGGUCGGCAGCAUGGGCACCUUCCAAAUUUUCUCCGUCUUCUUCCUCUCGUUGCCUGUUCUGUUCCUGGCCAGCCACAACCUGGUGCAGAACUUCAGCGCGGCUACUCCGGAGCACCGGUGUAGGCUGGCACGGACGGGCAACCUCACCCAGCAAGAGAACCUGGUGCCCCUUGGGCAGGACCUGAAGCCGGACAGUUGCCGGCGCUUCGCAGGGUGGGUGGCGCCCGCCUCUAACGACACAGCGGGCAGGGAAGUGGGGCUGGAACCCUGCCUUGACGGGUGGCAGUACGACCACAGCACCUUCGCCUCCACCAUCGUGACGGAGUGGGACCUGGUCUGCAACCUACAGCCCCUGAAGAGCUUGGCCCAAUCCCUCUUCAUGGCAGGAGUCCUGGUGGGGGCCUUCGUCCUGGGUGACCUCUCGGACAGAUACGGACGCCGGCUGAUCCUGAUUUGGUCGCUGCUGAUGGUGGCCGUCAUGGGCACCGGGGCCGCCUUCUCCAACAGCUUCCUGAUCUAUUGUAUCUUCCGCUUCCUGAGUGGCAUCGGCAUCUCCGGAUUCCUGCUGAAUUACAUCUGUUUAAGUCUGGAGUGGGUGCCCACCAAAUAUCGGGCCGUGGUGGUCUCCAUCCAGAGCUACUGCAGCACGGGUGGGCAGGUGCUGCUGGCAGGGUUGGCCUACGCCAUCCGCGACUGGCACUGGCUGCAACUGGCCAUCUCUGCCCCGUUCUUCGCCUUCUUCGCCUAUUCCUGGUGGCUUCCCGAGUCGGCCCGUUGGCUCCUCAUGAACAACGAGCGGGAGGCCGCACUGCGCAACCUACAGCACGUGGCCAGGAUUAAUGGGAAAGCCGCGGCGGGGGAAGCUGUGGUGCUGGAGAUGCUGGAGACCCAAUCGGGGAGUAAUUCUCCAGGACGUGGCAACCACUCUUGCUUGGACCUCUUCCGCACCCCUGGACUGAGACGCAUCAGCUGUUGUCUCAUGCUUGUCAGUUUCUCCAUGAACAUGGCCUAUUUUGGGCUCUCCAUGGACCUCUCCAUGUUCGGCAUGAACGUCUUCUUGGUGCAGCUCUUCUUCGGAGCGACAGACCUGGUGGCCAAGAUGGUCUGUGCUCUGUUGCUCAGCUACGUCGGCCGACGCAUCAUCCAAUCCGUUUCCCUCAUCCUAGCAGGAAUGUUCCUUUUGGUCAGUCUUCCUGUCCCUUCUGAUAUGCUGACGUUGCGUCUUGUCUUUGUGGUUCUGGGUAAAGGCUGCUUAGCAGCAUCUUCCAUGUGCCUCUACCUGUACGGAGGGGAGCUCUUCCCGACGGUGAUCAGGCAAACAGGCAGCAGCUUCACUACCGUCAUGGCUCGGCUGGGGGGCAUCAUUGCCCCCCUGGUGUUGAUGGCCGGGGACUACCAGCCUUUCCUGCCCCUGGUGAUAUUUGGGGUGACGCCCAUUGUGUCUGGCGUUUCUGCGGUCUUUCUGCCUGAAAUGUUUAACGUCCCCCUGCUGGACACAGUGGAAGAGGUUGAAGAGAGAGCGAGAUGGAAAUCCAAAGCCAUCCUGGCGGAGGCGCCGAAAAAGGCCUCCGCGUCUCCCGUCGUCCAGUCGACCCGCCUUUGAGCUUCAAUGGGGAAAUCAGGAUCUGGGAUCUGGCAUCUCCCACGGGCGUUGCAGGAUCAUAAACCCAGGGCCAACCAUUGGCCGCCGGGCCCUUCCAACAGGCUAGCAGGUUGCCAAGACCGCUACGGUUUUCCUUUUUUUGGAAGGGAAAAUGAGAAUAAGGUUGGCAUUGGCAGCGGAGAAGAACAUUUGAGGUCCAAAGUUUUCUUCUGGGCACCUUGAAUCAAGUGGACUUUCUUAGUUGUGGUUCUUCUCUUUCUUGAAGGAAGCCAACUCAGCUUCCCUUUGCGGGUUGCCAUGAGGAAAGAAACUUGUGGCCUUCGGGCCCUUCAAAACGAUGAUUUUCAUGCUGCCAGGGGUGUUCUGACACAGACAUUGUGGUGCGUGGUGAUUAAGUGCGAGCACCAAGACGCACAGACACCUCCUCAUCUCUACCUUUCCCUGGUUAGUUCUCCAUCUCGGUUGCUCCAAAGUGGUUCUAACAACCAGGGCUCUCACCAUACCUGGACGGAGGGAACGCUGGAAAGAUGUAG